UGCCAGCCGUAAGUAUUUUGUUAGAUUCAGUAGCCCAUGCAGCUUCAUUACCAUUUAACUUAUUUACUCCGUUUUUAAUUACAAAAGUUGUUUUAAUUAGAAUAUCUUCGUUUUCUGUAUCUUCUGGUGCCUUAUUCAUUAUCAGAUCGUGAAUUUUAUCAAUAACCUUUAUAUGUUUUGAAUUAUCGUCUCAGUUUGGUGUUUCUAUAAUGUUAGGACAAAUAUUUGUACUAGUUUUAAUAAUUUGGGUGUUAGUGUUGCGAUGGCAAAGGCGGAAGAUGAUAGAUCUCUCACAUAAACUUGGUUCUACUAAGCAUAGGACUCUGCCUUUUGUGGGACACGCUUACAUGUUUUUGGGAAGUGAUGAACAUCGCAUGUCACAGUUCCAAAAGUUGGGUCGCGAAGCUUAUGACAAAAAGGAUGGUGUGGUUACAAUAUGGCAAGGGCAUCGACUUUAUCUUGUGAUUUCUGACGCAGUAGUGGCGGAGUUUAUUUUGAAAACUUGCUUGGAGAAGGAUGAUGCACUGAAAUGUUUGCACCUUAUGACUGGCAACGGCAGUAUAUUCGCACCUGUGAACAUCUGGCGUCCUCGUCGCAAGAUCCUGGCUCCGACCUUCAGCCCUAAGAACCUGGCUCAAUUCGCGCAAAUCUUCUCUCGUCAGAGCUCCAUCAUGGUGGAACAGCUGCAAGCCGCGGCUGGGAAAGGCGCCUUCUCCAUAUGGCAGUACCUUACUACCUAUACCAUGGAUUCUGUUUGUGAGUCCACCCUAGGAGUCCUAGUGAACUCCCAAAAGCAGACAGAGCAGCCGUUUCUGAAGGCGUUCGACGAGUGUACCCAGCUGGACUCCUCGCGCCUCGUCCAGCCAUGGCUACACAACGAGGCGGUGUACAAGCUGACCCCGGCCUACAAGCGGCACGUCAGGUGCAGGAACUAUGUCGUCAAGUUUGUUGAAGAGGUGAUACAAGCUAAAAGGCAGUCGUUGAAAAAAGAAAAGGAGGCUAUGACUGAAUCUGAUAAAUAUAUAAAGCAAGAUGGACUGAAAACCUUCUUGGAGCUACUCAUAGAUAUGUCGGGAGGUGAUCGUGGCUACACAGAUCUAGAGCUACGGGAAGAGACUGUUGUUCUGGUUUUGGCGGGUACUGACACUUCCGCAGUGGGGACCGCUUUUACAUCCAUGAUGCUGUCGAAGUACCCUGAUGUACAGGAUAAAGUUUACGAAGAAAUUCAGGAAGUAUUUGGUGACUCCAAGAGACCUGUGGUGGCUGAAGACUUGCCUUGUCUCAAGUAUUUGGAUGCUGUCAUACGCGAGACUCUAAGGCUAUACCCACCCGUGCCAAUCAUUGCUCGGAAAGUUGAUAAGGAAGUCAAUUUGCCAUCAGGAGUGACCCUAGUCAAGGAGUGUGGCUUAGUGGUCAACAUCUGGUCCAUCCACCGCAACCCUCGGUACUGGGGCUGUGACGCGGAGCAGUUCCGUCCUGAGCGCUUCCUCGACGCGCCGCCCACACACCCUGCCGCCUUCAUGCCCUUCAGCCAUGGACCUAGAGCUUGUAUUGGGUACCAAUACGCCAUGAUGUCAAUGAAGACAGCCAUGGCAGCCCUACUCCGUCAGUACAAGAUAAUGCCUGCUUCAGAUGAUGUGGACCUCAAACCCUUGAGGGUCAAGUUUGAUGUCAUGAUGAGAGAUGUCGAUAACUUCACAUUGCAGCUUCAAGAGAGAGUAUGAUGUAGUGGUACCAUCGACUGAGUUCUUCAAGUAUACAAAGUUUGUUAAUUAUUUAUUGCUGAACUUAUAAAAAGGUCGUCACGGCGCCAUGGAAAUAUUUUAUUAAAAACUGUGUGUCUAUGCAUUUAGUGGGCAAUGGGAGCA